AUGAACAUAGACAGCUCCUUUGCAAAGAGCCCCAGAGAAGUUAUCCAGAAUUCAAAGAAUUGCAAGGCCUUCAAGGAUAUUUCCAAAUACUUCUCCAGAAAAGAGUGGGGAAAACUGAGAUACUCAGAGAAAAUCACCUAUGUAUAUAUGAAGAGAAACUACAAGACCAUGACUAAUCUAGGUCUCAGGGCCACCCUCCCAGCUUUCAUGCGUUCUGAUAGACAGGCCACAGAAUCCCAGCGGAAGGAUUCUGAUGAAGAUCGGAACCACGGGAAUCAGGGUGAACCUCCUCAGAAGGCUUCCAGGGUACAGCAGAGAAAACGCCUAAAAAUGAUGCCCAAGAAGCCAGCAAGAGAAGGAAAUGGUUCGAAGGGAGUGCCAGGAACACCUGGCUCAGAACAGACUCAGAGACAGCUGUGUACCCCAGGAAAAGCAAGUACCUUUGGGCAGCAGAAUGAGAAGACAUCAGAACCCAAGAAAUGGGGGAAACAUGUCUGGACCCACAGGUUGCGGGAAAGAAGGAAUUUAGUGGUAUAUGAAGAGAUCAGUGACCCUGAGGAAGAUGACUGA